UAAAUAAAAUAAAUAAACCAAAAAAAAGAACAAAAUAUAUAAUAAUAAUAAAAAAACAAUUAAUGCGCCUUAAAAAUUCAAAAUAAAAACACUUUGUUUUUUUUUCUUGUUGUUGCUGUUAUUAUUGCAUUAAUACAAAUCAACGACGGCCUAAAAAUAUAAAAAAAAACCCAUACAUACUAUGGACUUCUUUAACGUUUUUUUGUUAUUUGUUUUUCUUUAAAAAAAAAACCUACUAAUAAUAUUCAUCAUACGUCAGCAGGCCGAAAACGUGAUUUUUUAUUAAAUAAACUACAAAAACAAACAAAUACAUAACAAAACACAUUGACACACUCACUUAAAUGUGUUUGUUUAUUAAAUCUAAUACUAUUACAACAAUAACAGAAAAUAUUAGAAACAAAAAACAACAACAACUACUGCUAUUGCUCCUACUACUACAACGACUACUAUUGCUGUUUACCGGCCUUUUGCUGCCAAUAACAACAAAGAGAAGAAUUGCAUUAGAUUACUUCAACAACAACAUCUAACUAUAAACGUGAGCACAAAUUAGAAAAAAGUCGCAAUAACAUUCUGAAAAACCUCCACCCAGCAGUGAUAUAAGUGACAAUGAUAAUACGCCUGUGCUAUGGCAGACGGGUACAAGCUUCUUUAAAACUUAUAGCCUGCAUAUUAAUUGCAGUAUUUUAUUUUGGAUUCCUCUUUCGAGAAUCGUUAAAUGCUUUCGAACAGAACAAAGAUAAAGCUGAAGCAGCAGCGGCAGCUAUAGGUUUAAUACAAACCAAUAAAGCAGAGACCAAACUAACUUUUAGCAGUAUCAAACACUAUCAAAAGGAUUUAUUUAGCAAAUCAGAUGAUUAUAGUAAUGUUAAAACUACCCUACCACCGGUUGUCACCAGUACUUUAAAUCCAGUUUAUGAGUAUUCCGAAGAAAUUCAUAGUGCCACCGAAAAGGAUUUGAGAAAACGUCGUAAACACGCUCAACAAGUUUGUAAGAAAUAUAAUUUACAAACCCUUUACCCACCGAAUCCCAGAGAGUUUUUCAUAUCACCCGGCCACAAUUUGGUAUGGUGUAAUGUUUUUAAAGCGGCCAGCAGUACAUGGAUGUAUUAUUUUAAUAUAUUGGGUGGCUACGAUAUCAAGUAUUUGCAACGCACCGAAUUUCAACCUUUAGAAUUGGCAAGAAAACGUUUUCCCCGACCUUAUAUGCAAGAUUUGGCAGAUGCUUUAUCAUCGUCUUUAUCAUUUCUCUUCGUGCGUGAUCCCUUCGAACGUAUACUCUCGGGCUAUCGCAAUAAACUAGAGGGUGGCAAAAACACCUACUAUAAAACAUUGGCUAGACGUAUUAUAUCAAAAUUUCGUAAACAUCCUAUAGCCGGAGGAGGAAGAAGCAGGUCAGGACCAACAUUUAAUGAAUUCGUACAAUAUCUAAUCGAUCAGCAUGAACAAGGCAAACAAUUUGAUGAGCACUGGUCACCAAUCUAUAGCUUUUGUACACCCUGCAGUAUUAACUUUACAAUCAUAGGAAAAGUAGAAACCUUUAAUAGAGAUUCGGAAUUUAUUAUCAGACAGGCAGGUUUAGAAUCACUAUUAUUGGGAACAUUGCCCAAAACGUUAAGCCGCAAAAUUGGUAAUUUAUCUAAGGGAGCAAGAACCAAUAUAUCUUUGGAAAAAUAUUUUGCCGAAAUCAAUCGCUCAACUCUAGACCAAUUAUUAAAAAUUUACAAAUUAGAUUUUGAAUUAUUCGAUUAUGAUUAUACAAAAUAUUAUAAUUAUGUAAACAUGGAUUCCGAUACUUUAUAUCCGACCACUUUAAAAACCCAAGAAAGUUCUACAAAAUCUGAAACUUAAGCAAAAGUUAUUGAAUUUAACACCAACAACAACAACAACCAAAAAGUAUUAAAAACCAAAAAUAUUUUCAUAAAUUCUUUUUUACAACCAAACUACGCCCACCCAAGUACCUCUCUUCAGAAAAAAAAAAGUAUUUAUAAAUAUUAAAAACAAAAUUACAAAGUCUACGAACCAAAGAGCAAUCGAAAUAUAAAAAUCUUUUGUAAAUCGAAAAAACAAAAACAAAAAAAAAAAGCCAAAUUCAAAAAGUUUUCCACAAGUUAAACAAACAAAAACAAAUCCAAAAACAAACAAAAAAAAUGGCC